AUGAUGCAGCGGCCACCGCCACCAACGGGUUAUGAACUUGAUGUGCUGGCGGACCUGGCGAGUUAUGAGAGGGGACAACAGCACGUAGCUCCGGGGGCUGCUCGAGCUUCCUCCUACUGGGCACCGCCCGCCUUCGAAGCCCACCAGGGCCACCACCACCACCACCAACACCCCCAGAGACACGACCCGCUGCCCGCCAUGCAAGCACCGCCAUACCACGGCUCGCCGUCGUCGUCGCCCCCGCCGCCGCCGCGGGGCCCUCCGUUUAUGAAUGCGUACCCGCCGCAGCAGUACGCGACGUCCGUAACAUCGAGCGGGUCGGAACCGCAGCAUUCCCAUGACGAGGCCGAUUUGAAGCGACUCCGGAACACGGCGGCUAGUGCGCGGUUCCGCGCCAAGAAGAAGGCGCGCGAGCAGAGCCUCGAGCGGAACGCGCAGGAGAAGCGCGAGAAGCUGCGGGUGCUGGAGGGGCGGGUGCGCGAGCUGGAAACGGAGAACGCGUGGUUGCGCGAUCUCAUCAUGGAUGUGAGGGGGGUGAGGGAGAAGAAGAAGGACGAUGGGGAAGGGGAGAGAGGAAAAGACGGGGACGGGAAAGAAGCGGCCGAGGGCGACGGGGAGAGGGGGAGGAAACAGGAGAGGGAUGGGGUGGGGGUUGAUGGGACGUGA